AAAGUGGAUGGUAAAAAAAAAGGAUUUAGGGGGAAUUGGAAAAGGGCAAAAAGGAAGUGUGUCGCUUGGAUAGGUAGCAGUGAAGUACAGCAGAGCGGUUAAUGGAAUUCCAAUUCCCGGAAAAGUUUUUCCUAAACAGAAUUUUUUAUUAAUUUUCGUAAAGAACAAAAAAAAAGUUGUAGAAGAAGAAGAAGAAGAAGAAGAAGAAAGAGAAUUGUUAUCAAAUUACAGCGGCCUGGGAAGAAGUUUUCCCUGUAAGAUUUGACUGUCGGGAUUCAGGAUUUGGGGUGCAUUACAGCCUCAUGACUUCUUCUGUGAACGAUCUUUCCGAUAAUAGUGAAGCUGAUGAGCAGCAAAAGCACUCAGAAUCCCAGAUACAUUCUUCGUCUCCUAUAACUGGAAUGUCUCACCCUGGUGUCACUACCUCUAAUGUUCAGUAUCCAACACCUCCACAACUUGGAGCAGGACCUGCUAUGGCACCGGGGGCAUACCCGUACCCAGAUCCUUAUUAUAGAAGCAUCUUUGCUCCCUAUGAUGCACAACCCUAUCCUCCACAGCCCUAUGGUGGGCAACCAAUGGUCCAUCUUCAGUUGAUGGGAAUCCAGCAGGCUGGUGUUCCUUUGCCAUCAGAUGCAGUUGAGGAACCUGUAUUUGUGAACGCAAAACAAUAUCAUGGCAUCCUGCGACGCCGACAGUCUCGUGCAAAAGCGGAAUCAGAACAUAAAGCUAUUAAGUCUAGGAAGCCAUAUUUGCAUGAAUCUCGACAUUUGCAUGCACUGAGAAGAGCAAGGGGAUGUGGGGGUCGGUUUCUCAAUUCAAAGAAAGAUGAGAAUCAACAAAAUGAGGUGGCAUCAGGUGACAAUUCGCAGGCCAAUAUCAAUCUCAACUCUGAUAAAAAUGAUAUUUCUUCCUCAGAUGGCACAUCCUGAAGUUUUACUGCACAAACCAGUUAUUGAUCAAAGGUGUCCUUUCAACCAAGGCUUAAUACCAGUCCCAAUGGUAGCAGUAUUGCUUCAAUCUGGAUCUAUACUUAGAAUUCAGUAGCAUGUAUAGGUUAAAUCUGUAGGCAGUUCGUAGGGUGGUUGCAAGAUGAGGCAGAAAUAGUGUUAUUGAUGAACAGUGACUGUUAGCUUCUCCGAUGGAUUUCUCGUCAGGCUUCACUUCUUUUUUUCUUUUUCUUUUUUCUCUCCUUCUGAGAGUGAUGGUUAAAUAUGCUGUGUGGGUGUUUUUAUGCAUUUGAAUCACUGUGGCGAGGUCAAGACUUCUAACACAAAAUUUGAGUUGUGUUGAUUGUUUGGUUUGGUUAUGUUUAAUUAGCUUGGCAAAGAUUAGAUUGGUUGUUGCUCUAUGGUAUCAGUCUGAUACCUAUGUUGUCAGCUGGCAGAAUAAGUCAGAAUUGUUUAAUUAAAAUUGUUGGUGAAUCUAGCAGGUGAUUGUCAUAGUACUAUGUAAUGUAUUUGUACAAGUUGCAUGUAAGUCAGAAUGGAAGUUUUAACA